AACUGUCACAGGAGCUCCCACUUCCUUGUGAUUCUGUCCGGGCGCAUCGAAGAUGGCUUUGAGUAUGGAUGGUAGUGGCUACAUCAACCAACGUCCUAUUCAUUUACCGAGGCUAUUGUAAAGAAAUAAAAGAUUAUCUUGCGUCGAUAAGUGAAGUCGGAGAGGCGGCAGUAAAGUAGUCGCGAGUAGUGUUCAUACGCUCGUCGUACUACGGACGGUUCGCUUCCCGGCGCGUGUUUUUGAUGUUGUUUUUUUGUUGCUCCCCCCUGGUUGAUUCCGAUAGCUAGCUAACUGACACUUAAACGACAAUUGUGUAAAUAUUAGCCACAGCUAAGCUAACCACUGCUGGUUAAAAAAUGGCCACCAUGGAUAAAUUAAUGAAGGCCUUUGAAUCUCUCAAGUCUUUCCAACAACAACAGGGACCGCCGACGGCCGAGGAGACGGCUCAAAAACAGAAGAAAGAGCUGGCCACCACCAAAAAGGACAGAGUGGCCCACUGCCUGACCAUAUGUGAGAACAUCAUAGCCCAGUCUCUGAGAACGUCUCCGGAGUUCCAGAAGCUUCUGGGUAUCGCCAUGGAGAUGUUCUUGCUGUGCAGCGACGACAGAGAGUCGGACGUCAGGAUGGUGGCAGACGAGUGCCUGAACAAAAUCAUCAAAGCGCUGAUGGACUCCAACCUGCCCAGACUUCAGCUGGAGCUCUACAAAGAAAUUAAAAAGAAUGGUGCCUCUCGGAGCCUGAGGGCUGCUCUUUGGAGGUUCGCUGAGCUAGCACACCUCGUCAGACCACAGAAAUGCAGACCGUACCUGGUGAACCUCCUCCCCUGUCUGACCAGGAUCACGAAGAGACAGGAGGAGACUGUCCAGGAGACCCUGUCGGCUGCCGUGCCUAAGAUCAUGACUGUUCUGGGACACUUCGCUAAUGACGGAGAGGUCAAGGUGUUGCUGAAGUCGUUUGUGGCCAACCUGAAGUCCACUUCUCCUACGAUCCGUCGGACGGCCGCCAGCUCAGCGGCGAGUGUUUGUCAACACUCGAGACGGGCCUCCUACUUCUACACCUGGCUGCUCAACGUCCUGCUGGGUCUGUUGGUCCCUGUCGAUGAGGAACAUCCUAACCACCUGGUCCUGGGGGUGUUGUUAACCCUUCGCUACCUGAUGCCUCAACUACAGCAACAGGACAGGACCACCAGCCUGAAAGGAAGCUUCGGAGUCAUGAGGAAGGAGGCAGACUUACAGCCCACGCCUGAACAGCUACUGCAAGUCUAUGAGUUGACUCUACACUACAGCCAGCAUGGCGACCACAACGUGGUGACGGCCUCUCUGGAACUGAUGCAGCAGAUGUUCCGGACUCCUCCCCCGGAGCUACUGCACAUGCUCAUUACGCCCGGCAGCGUUCCGCACGCCAGCGUGUUCCGACGGGACGUGGAGAGACGCGCCCACUCCGGCAGCAUCCUGGAGUUCAUUGCCGGGGGCGGGUCUUCCUGUAAUAGUCCACUCCUCCUCAGAAAACAGAAAGGCAAGAUGCUGUCGGGGGAGGAGGAGGGGUUGGAGGACGACCCUGAGAGGGCAGAGGUCACCACCGGGGCCUUUACAGCCUCUGUGGCGGGCGCCGACGCCACUGCACAGGUGGUCGACAUCAUUACCCAGCAGCCCCGCUCAUCACAGCAUGCUCUGCAGCCCGGCGACUCCGUGGACCUCGGUGGCGCCUCCUCGGAACAAGGAACGACUGCCCUCGGCACCUCCGGCGGCGAGGGAGGGGCGGGGACUCCCGAGUCGCCCAAUGACAACGCAGCGGACGAGGACAUGCUCAGCCACAGCUCCAGCGGGGCUAACGUUACCCCGGAAACGGCCGACUACGCCACGCCGGAGAACGCGGAGAUGCCCGACGGGCCCCUGGUGGACCCCCUGGGAGACCCCUCGCUGCCCCCGAGCGCCGACUCGUCGCAGACCACCACAGAAGGGCCGGACUCGGCCGCCACACCUUCAGACGCCGCUGAACUCUCGCGUCCGCGGUUGCCACGGGUGAUGGUGGAGCCGCCGUUUGAGGCCCCUCCCUCUCCGACCUCCACCGAGGGUCCAGACGCGUCCGACAGCGACUCUUCCGUCUACUCCUCCUCUUCCUCCUCUUCCUCCUCCGCCGCUGCUGCUGCUUCUUCUUCUUCUUCCUCCCUCUCCUCUGGCGCCGACGCUUCCUCUAGCGGUAGUAGCAAGGUGUUGGACACCAGUGAGAGUCUGUAUUCAGGGAUGCAGAUUGGAACUUUACAGGAUGAGGAAGAAGAGGGAGCCGUACCUUCAUCACACCCUGAACCCUUCUCCCAGUCCGCACUGGCUCUGAGUAGACCCCACCUCCUAGAGGGCAGAGGUCACAACAGACAGGCGUCAGACAGCAGUGUGGAUCACUUCAUACCAAAGGAGGAGCCAGCGGAGACCACAGAGCUGGAGAACAAGCCAUCGAGGAUAAAGGGUCCGAUUGGCCACUACACAGACCAAGGGGCGGAGCCUCUGGUUCACUGUGUACGACUCCUCUCUGCCUCCUUCCUGCUGACUGGACAGAAGAAUGGGCUGGUCUCUGAUAAAGAGGUCCGUGUCAGUGUGAAGGUUCUAGCAGUCAGCUGUAUCGGAGCAGCAGCCGCCCUUCAUCCUGAAGUCUUCUUCAACUCUCUGUACCUGGAACCACUGGACGGAGAGACACAGCAGGAGCAGCAGUAUAUCAGUGAUGUGUUGUGUCUGGUUGCUCAUGGAGACCCUCAGGUCAGAGGUGCUGCAGGGGUGUUGUGUGGCGCUGUUAUCCACUCUGCUCUCAACAAGACACGUUACAACAUACACACCUGGAUGACCAGCGUUCACACCUCUACAGGUAACCCGUUGUCCCUGGUGGAUCUAGUUCCUGUACUACAGAACACUCUCAAGGACGAGUCCUCUGUCACCUGUAAGAUGGCCUGCUCUGCAGUCAGGCAUUGCAUCAUGACUCUUUGUAGCAGUACUCUGAGUGAGUUGGGUCUGCAUCUCCUGGUUGACCUGCUGACCUUAAAGGACUGUUCCUAUUGGCUGGUCAGGACGGAACUCCUGGAAACUCUGGCAGAGAUAGAUUUCCGGUUGGUGAACUUCCUGGAGAAGAGAACAGAGAGUUUACACAAAGGAGAGCAUCACUACACUGGGUUGCUAAGGUUACAGGAGAGAGUGUUGAAUGGCGUUGUGAUUCAUUUGUUGGGAGACGAAGACCCUCGAGUACGACACAUAGCCGCUGCUACUGUCAGCAGGCUGGUCAGUGUGUUGUUCUAUGAGUGUGACCAGGGUCAGGCUGACCCGGUGGUGGCUAUAGCCAGAGACCAGAGCUCUGUGUAUCUACAGUUACUGAUGCAUGAGACACUACCACCUUCACACUUUACUGUCUCUACCAUCACCAGGACGUAUCGUGGUUAUAACCUGUCUCAGGGAGUGUCAGACGUCACUGUGGAGAAUAACUUGUCAAGAGUCGUCUCUGCGGUGUCCCACGCUCUCACCUCCUCUACGUCACGGGCCCUCACUUUCGGCUGCUGUGAGGCGCUGCAUCUUCUGACCACCACCUACCCAGCAUGCACCUGGAGUACGGGCUGGCACUGUGGUUACGUCAGCUCCACCGUCACACACCCCAACCGAUCUAACCUCAACCGCUCCCGGGCACGCUCACACAGCCUCUCUCAGCCCGGCUCAGGCCCAUUAGAGGAAGGGAAGAGGAGUCUAACAGUAGGGAUGGCUAACAUGAUGAUGUCUCUGCUGUCCUCUGCCUGGUUUCCUCUGGACCUCUCUGCUCACCAAGAUGCUCUGCUGCUGGCCGGGAACCUGCUCGCUGCGACGGCUCCACAGUGUAUGUGUAGUCCCUGGGCUGGGGAGGAGGAGGGAGGGCCGGUCCCCGGUAAGACAGAGGAGCCCUGGGCAGCGGUGGGAGAGCGCCCCCUGGUGGUCCUGGUGGAACAACUCUUCUCUCACAUCCUCAAGAUACUCAACAUCUGUGCCCACGUGCUGGACGACACGCCGCCCGGACCCGCCGUCAAGGCCACCCUGCCGUCCCUAGCCAACGCUCCCUCCCUCAGCCCCAUCAGAAGGAAAGGCAAGGAGGUAGCAGAGCCAAGCACCAUUCCCAUGAGCCCUAAGAAAGGCAGCGAGACCAACACUGGCAGGCCAGCGGACAGCUCGGGGUCCACGGCUAACGUCAACAAGUCCACAACCCUGGGAAGCUUCUAUCAUCUACCCACCUACCUCAAACUGUACGACGUCCUCAAAGCUACACACACCAACUAUAAGGUUACGUUGGACCUCCACAGCACCAACGAGAAGUUCGGAGGGUUCCUGCGUUCUACGCUGGACGUUCUGUCUCAGCUGCUAGAGAUGGCCACGCUGCACGACAUCGGAAAGUGUGUGGAAGAGAUCCUCAGCUACCUGAAACUCUGCUUCUCCAGAGAACCUCUGAUGGCCACGGUCUGUGUUCAACAGUUAUUGAAGACGUUGUUUGGUACCAACCUAGCCUCCCAGUACGAGGGGGCCCAGGGCGGUCCUAGUCGAUCCCAGGGGAAGGCUCUCCGUCUGGGCUCGUCCAGCCUGAGACCUGGCCUCUAUCACUACUGCUUCAUGGCCCCCUACACACACUUCACCCAGGCCCUGGCCGACGCCAGCCUCAGGAACAUGGUGCAGGCUGAGCAGGAGCAGGACGCGUCAGGGUGGUUUGAUGUAAUGCAGAAGGUGUCCAACCAGCUGAGAUCCAGUAUCACCAACGUGACCAAACAGAGAGGAGACAAGAAUGCGAUCCACAACCACAUCCGUCUGUUUGAACCUCUGGUGAUCAAGGCUCUGAAACUGUACACCACCUCCACCUCUGUAGCGCUGCAGAGACAGGUCCUAGACCUGCUGGCGCAGCUGGUACAGCUACGAGUCAACUACUGUCUGCUGGACUCGGACCAGGUGUUCAUAGGUUUUGUGCUGAAGCAGUUUGAGUACAUUGAGGUGGGACAGUUCAGAGAUUCUGAGGCGAUCGUCCCCAACAUAUUCUUCUUCCUGGUUCUGUUGUCGUACGAGCGGUACCACUCCAAACAGAUCAUCAGCAUCCCAAAGAUCAUUCAACUGUGUGAUGGCAUCAUGGCUAGUGGGAGGAAGGCUGUCACACAUGCCAUCCCAGCCCUGCAGCCUAUAGUCCAUGACCUGUUUGUUCUGAGAGGCUCCAACAAGGCUGAUGCUGGGAAGGAGCUGGACACCCAGAAAGAGGUGGUGGUCUCCAUGCUGCUGAGACUCAUACAGUACCACCAGGUGCUGGAGAUGUUCAUCCUGGUCCUCCAGCAGUGUCACAAGGAGAACGAGGACAAGUGGAAGAGACUGUCCAGACAGAUCGCUGACAUCAUCCUGCCCAUGAUAGGAAAACAACAGAUGCACCUGGACUCCCCUGAGGCUCUGGGAGUGUUGAACACUCUGUUUGAGACGGUCGCUCCCUCCUCUCUCCGCCCGGUAGAUAUGCUGCUGAAGGGAAUGUUCACUACACCUGCUACCAUGGCUAAUGUCAACACAGUUCAGCUGUGGGUGUCAGGUGUCUUGGCUGUCCUCCGAGUCCUCAUCUCUCAGUCCACUGAAGACAUAGUCCUCUCUCGUGUCCACGAGCUCUCCCUCUCUCCUCUCCUCCUCUCCUGUCCCACCAUCCGACGUCUCCGUGACGACAGCAGCCUCUCGUCGCCCCCGCCACCGCCUCUGGCGACCUCGGCAACUGUCGCCCCCGACAACCAGGAGGCCAACGGAGAGCGGGUGCCGCCGGAGGAGACGUUUGCCAGGUUCCUACUCCAGCUAGUAGGAGUGAUGCUAGAUGACAUCUCGACCAGACAGGUGAAGGUUGACAUGACAGAAGAGCAACACACGUUCUACUGUCAACAGCUGGGGACUCUGUUAAUGUGUCUCAUACACAUCUUCAAGAGUGGCAUGUUCCGUAGGAUCACAGCAGCAGCCACUCGUCUCCUGAAGGGUGAUGCUGUUCUGGGUUCAGGUCCAGGGGUCAGUGGUGUCUUCUACCCCCUAGAGGGUCUUAAUGCCAUGGUGGGCUGCCUGGUGACCACACACCCCUCUCUGGUUCUACUCUGGUGCCAAGUCCUCCUCAUCAUCAACUACACCAACUACAGCUGGUGGACAGAGGUACACCAGACACCCAGGAGACAGAGUCUGUCCUGUACCAAGCUGCUGAGCCCUCAUUCAUCAGGAGGGGUGGAGGAGGAGAGACCAGAGGCCAGACUGGCCAUGUGUAACAGAGAGAUCGUACGCAGGGGAGGACUCAUUCUCUUCUGUGACUACGUGUGUCAGAACCUGCACGACUCGGAGCACCUGACCUGGCUGAUCGUCAACCACGUCCGUGACCUCAUCGACCUUUCCCAUGAGCCUCCGGUGCAGGACUUCAUCAGCGCCGUUCACCGCAACUCGGCCGCCUCCGGACUGUUCAUACAGGCUAUACAGUCACGUUGUGACAACCUCACUACUCCCACCAUGUUGAAGAAGACUCUCCAGUGUCUAGAAGGGAUCCACCUGUCCCAGUCUGGUUCUCUGUUGAUGCUCUACGUGGACAAACUACUGAACACUCCUUUCAGAGUCCUGGCUCGUAUGGUUGAUACUCUGGCCUGCAGGAGGGUGGAAAUGCUGCUGGCUGAAACACUACAGAACAGUUUAGUCCAGCUGCCUGUGGAGGAACUGGACAGAAUCCAGGAAUACCUUCAGAUCAGUGGACUAGCUCAACGGCACCAGAGGUUCUACUCCCUGCUGGACAGGUUCCGAGCCUCCGUUGCCGAGGACACCAGCAGCCCCUCCCCUCCUGUGACAUCACACCCCCUGGAUGGGGAACCGCCACCUGCCCCUGAACUAGUCAAGGCUGACAAGGAGUGGUAUGUUGCCUUGGUGAUGUCCCAGUGCUGUCUCCGUGGUGACGGGUCGUUCCUGGAGACAACGGAACUCCUGACCAAACUACCUCCUGACGACCUCUCAACCAUCAUGAGUUGCAAGGACUUCAACCUGUCUCUCCUCUGUCCGUGUCUGAGUCUGGGGGUUCAGAGGUUAACCCGGGGUCAGGGGUCGUUGCUAUUGGAGACGGCCCUGGCCGUGAUGCUGGAUCAUCUGAGCCGGGUCACACAGCUACUUCCUGUUCCACACCGUUCCUUCCUGCCGCCGGCCAAACCUGACCCGGCCGAACCCUACUGGGACAACUUGGCUAUCGUCUAUGGUGAGGCUGGACUCUACCCGCGGGUGAUGUCUCUGUGUAGAGCGCUGUCUCAGUAUCUGCUGUGUGUGGGUCAGCUUCCUUCCCCUCUGCAAAUCCCUGAAGACAAACAACAUCUCAUCACCACCUUCACCACCAUGGCUACCGAGUUGGUGGUCUGGCGUGUUCUCCAGGACAGUGUUCCUCUGAGUGUUGACCUGCAGGGGGCUCUGUCCUGUCUGUGUCUGGCCCUGCAACAACCCUGUGUCUGGAACACACUGUCUACAGCCCCGUACAAAACACACACCUGUUCUAUCAUACACUGUCUACGACUCCUCAUCACUGCAGUGGCAGUAGGUCCAGGUGACCAUCUGUUACAUCCAGGGAGGAAGAGAACCACCGGGUCAGAUGGUGAUUCAGACCAGGUCCACUCUCCAAACACUGACAACGUGUGUGAGCGACGGUCGUGUGAGAUCAUGGCUGAGCUGGUGGAAGGUCUCCAGAGCGUUCUGUCUCUGGGUCACCAUAGAAACAGCGGAAUCCCAGCCUUCCUCACACCGAUGCUCCGAAACAUCAUCAUCAGUCUGUCCAGACUACCGCUGGUCAACAGCUACACUAGAGUCCCCCCCCUGGUGUGGAAGCUGGGCUGGUCCCCUCGGCCAGGGGGAGAGUUCGGUACCACCCUUCCUGAGAUCCCUGUAGAGUUCCUGCAGGAGAAGGACGUGUUCAGGGAGUUCCUCUAUCGCAUCAACACACUGGGCUGGAGCAGUAGGACCCAGUUUGAAGAGACCUGGGCCACACUGCUGGGAGUUCUGGUCACUCAACCCAUCUCUAUGGACCAGGAGGAGGAGAGGGAACAGGAGGAGGACUUGGAGCGUACCCAGUUGAAUGUGUUAGCGGUCCAGGCCAUCACGUCUCUUGUUCUGAGUUCCAUGAUUCUCCCUACUGCCGGAAACCCUACUGUCUCCUGUCUGGAACAACAGCCGAGAAACAAGACCCUUAAAGUCCUGGACACACGGUUUGGCAGGAAGUUGUCAGUGAUCAGAGGAGCCGUGGAGAGAGAGAUCCAGGCCAUGGUGUCGAAGAGAGACAACGUACACACACACCACCCCUACCACACCUGGGACCCUGUCCCCUCCCUGUCUGCUGUCUCACCAGCAGGUACACUGAUCAGCCAUGAGAAACUCCUGCUGCAGAUCAACACAGAGAGAGAGAUGGGGAACAUGGACUACAAACUGGGACAGGUGUCCAUCCAUUCUGUGUGGCUGGGGAACAACAUUACCCCUCUGAGAGAGGAAGAGUGGGGUGAGGAUGAGGAAGAUGAGACUGAUACUCCGGCCCCCGCCUCUCUUCCUACCUCUCCUAUCAACUCCAGGAAGCAUCGUGCAGGUGUAGACAUCCACUCCUGUUCUCAGUUCCUAUUGGAGCUCUACAGCCAGUGGCUCCUCCCCGGUUCCCCUAGCAACAGACGCACCCCUGUUGUGCUCAUCAGCGAGGUGGUCCGAUCGUUGUUGGCGGUCUCUGACCUGUUCACGGAGCGUAACCAGUUUGACAUGAUGUUCACCACCCUGAUGGAGCUGCAGAAGAGUCAUCCUGCUGAAGAUGAGAUAAUGAACCAGUACCUGGUACCAGCUCUCUGCAAGGCUGCUGCUGUCCUGGGCAUGGACAAGGCGACCUCUGAACCUGUGUGUCGGGUGUUGGAGCUGACCCUGCACAGCACCCACCUCCCCAGCCGUAUGGGAGCGCUGCACGGCCUGCUGUACGUACUGGAGUGUGACCUGCUGGACGACACAGUGAAACAGCUGGUACCUGCCGUCUCAGACUACAUACUGAGUAACCUACGGGCCAUAGCACACUGUGUGAACUUGCACAACCAGCAGCAUGUCUUGGUGAUGUGUGCUGUGGCCUUUUACAUGAUGGAGAACUACCCUCUGGAUGUAGGAGCCGAGUUUACUGCUGGGGUUAUACAGAUGUGUGGUGUGAUGGUAUCAGCCAGUGAAGACUCCACCCCCUCAGUGAUCUACCACUGUGUGUUGCGUGGGUUGGAGCGCCUCCUGCUGUCGGAGCAGCUGUCUCGUAUGGAUGGAGAGGCACUGGUUAAACUGAGUGUCGACCGGGUUAACAUGCCAAGCCCUCACAGAGCCAUGUCUGCCCUGGGACUCAUGCUCACCUGCAUGUACACAGCGGUGUGUACCACAGCAGAGUCAGCGUUGGGGUCAGAGGUGAUGGGGUCAGAGGUUAGAGGUCAGGGGUCAGAGGUUACCUCGGGUCCUGUUGCUUUCUCCUCAGGCAAGGAGAAGGCCAGCCCUGGUCGCCCGGCCGGCGCUGUCGACCCUCAGGCCCCCGACAGCGAGUCUGUCAUCGUUGCCAUGGAGAGGGUCUCUGUGCUCUUCGACAGGGUCCGUAAGGGUUUACCCAGCGAGGCACGGGUGGUGGCCAGGAUUCUUCCUCAGUUCCUGGACGACUUCUUUCCUCCGCAGGACGUCAUGAACAAGGUCAUCGGAGAGUUCCUGUCCAAUCAGCAGCCUUACCCACAAUUCAUGGCUACUGUGGUCUACAAGGUGUUCCAGACCCUCCAUGCUACAGGCCAGUCCAGUAUGGUGACAGACUGGGUGUUACUGUCUCUGUCUAACUUUACCCAGAGAACCCCAGUUGCCAUGGCCAUGUGGAGUCUGUCUUGCUUCUUCAUCUCUGCCUCCACCUCCCAGUGGGUCUCUGCCCUCCUGCCCCAUGUCAUCAGCCGUAUGGGUAAGAGUGAGGUGGUGGACAUCAGUCUGUUCUGUCUGGUAGCCCUGGACUUCUACAGACACCAGCUGGAUGAAGAGUUGGACCGCAGAGCCUUCCAGUCUGUCUUCCAGACCGUGGCCUCGCCUGGCAACACCUAUCAGCAGCUACUGGACUGUCUGCAGAGUAUCCACCAAGACACAUCACUCUGAGAGAGAGAUGUAGCCCCUAUCACCAGACAUCACACAGAGAGAGGGGGGGGCAGAGUGAGAUGGGGGGG